AUGGAGGAUUCGGCGGUGAUCGGAAAGAGGAGUCGGGAAGAGUAUGACUCGGCCGUGCCGGACGAGUCCGACUCGCCGGCGGUGAAGCGGCUCAAGGAGGAUCUCCUGGGCGGUUCGGAUGACGAGGGGGAGUUCUGCGAGGCGAGCGAGGACCUCGACUCGUUCGUCAAGAGCUUCCAAGAGGAGAUAACGGCCUCGCCGGCUGCCGGCGUAGAUCCGGCGUCGGACUGCAGCGAGACUCGUCCGGAUCUGGGUUACUUGCUGGAGGCGUCCGACGACGAGCUCGGGCUCCCUCCGACAACGGUUGUGUCGGGAAGCGAGCCGAGGCCCGAGUUCGACCGGGUUGAGUCGGAGUCGUCGGAACUGAUCUGGGAUCUCCCGAGUUAUGACCCGUUCGGGUUCGGAUUCGGGGAGGUUGGGGCGGACUACGGCGCCGGCGGCGGUGAAUACGCGGCGUUGGAUGGGUUGUUUGAUCAUUCAGAUCUGGGUUUUGGGUCGGGUGAUUUUGAGUACCGGGCCGAGUCGUUACCCGCCCAAUAG